AUGCCCACACACAACAGUUUUAUAACUAACAGUUCUUAAACAAUUAUAAUUAUGGUUUCCAAUCGGUCAAAAUUCGAUAAUGUCAAUUCGAUUGAGUAAACAAGACUGGUGCGCUGCAACCGGAAGUACCAUUCAAUGCAAGUUGAUGAAAGUGGGAUUUUCCCGAUUCCUGGGAUCUAAAAUUGAACUUGAACUCACAGAUAUAUGCACUGAUGGAGACAUUUUUCAGUUUUUGUGUCAUCCAUGAAAAGAAAGACCCAACUUAAUAGAAUAUGUGCACUGAUCACUAGUACUCCAUCAGGAUUAAACACAUGUGCCACAAAUCAUGUCUCUAGAAUCAUUCCUGGGUGAGGGGGUCUCUAUACCCACAGAAGAGGAGUCCACAAGUUGUACUCCGGGCUUUCCUGACUUUAAAUUAUCAGUUGGUUUAGAUAACCCUGGUACAAAUCCUUUGAUUAAUCAGAUGUUUUCUGAUGAGGAGGAUGAAGAAAGCAUGGCAGAGGAAAACAAAAGUGAUGAAGACUUAGAUGAAGUAGACAAUGAAGACUUUGAGGAAGAUGAAGAGAAGGAGUAUGAUGAUUUGGAUGAAGAAGAAGAUGAGGAUGAGGAUGAAGAUGAGAUUAAUGAAAAUGGUGAUGACAAUAGUGAGGAAGAGAAUAGUGAUGAAAGUGUUGAUGACCUUGUAGACAAAGAUAGUAAGAUGAAUACUAUGUCAGAAAAUUCUGUUUCUGAAAGUCUGACAGAUGACAUUUCAGGUAUCAUAAAUGAUCUCGAUAAAGAUUUUGGUGUACCAGCUGACAAUGCACCUGAUGUUGUUGCAGCUUCUAGUCCAGUUGUAGAAAAUGUGCAAAAUGAUGACGACAAGACAUUUAAGAAACCUGAAAAUGAAAAGCCAGAAAGUAGUAAACCAAAGAAAAGGAAACGGAAAAAGAAAGAAAAGGGAGAAGGUGGACCAGCAAAGAAAAAGACCAAAAAAGGGAAAACCAAAAAGCAGGGCUUUAUGAGAAAAAACAUCAGGGAAAUCAUUCAGGAAAAUGAACUUGAAACUACUACACUAGCAGCACAAAAUGAAGAAAUAGAAAGAAAGCGCCGACUUCUGGAGCAGCAGAAGGCAUUAGCAGCGGCAGUUCCUUCUGUUCCGACCCAGGUGUCAGAUGCUACAGAUGCUGAGGAAAAGGACUCGCAGCUCAAAUCCUUGUUACAAAGCAUGCCGGAUGAAACACCCAUAGAAAUAAAGCAGGAGAAGGAUGAUGAUCUGAUUCUGGUAGAUAGUGAGGAAGAAGUCAAGAAAAAGGAAAAGAUGGAAGUCAUAGACAUCAGUAGUGAUGAAGAUGAUGAUGAUGAUGAUGCUGUCCAGAUCACAAAAGACGAGGACUUUGAAGUUGACCCAGAAGACCCAAACAAUGGAGGCAACCAUAUAAACGAUGAUCUCAAUGUUGCCGACCUUGAUGGUCGUGUCCAGGUUAACAUCGGUCAUCCGCCAGAAGAUGAUGACAUUUACCUGGCACCACAGAUAGCGCGAGUGAUCAAACCUCAUCAAAUUGGUGGUGUUCGAUUCUUAUAUGACAAUUUAAUUGAGUCGAUGGAACGGUGUAGAAGCAGUGCUGGAUUUGGCUGUAUAUUAGCUCACAGCAUGGGACUGGGAAAGACAAUACAAAUGGUAUCAUGUAUAGACAUAUUCCUACGUCACACCACAUUAAAAAGUGUUCUCCUUAUUGUGCCGAUAAACACUCUACAAAACUGGGUGGCAGAGUUCAAUAUAUGGCUGCCAGUGCAUUCUGUCGUAGGGGACAAUCCUGACUUUAUACCUCGAGCCUUUGAAAUCUAUCUGCUGAAUGACAGCUACAAAACGACAGCAACUCGGGCGAAGGUUAUUGCUGAAUGGCAUAAAAGUGGAGGAGUUCUAGUGAUGGGGUACGAGAUGUACCGUCUGCUGUCUAGUCGCCGUGGUUACAUGGGCAAUCUCAAGAAACCUGGCAGGAAGCCAUCCUCUCCUGUUGUAAUUGAUUUAGAAGAAGAGGACCGAAACAAAACCCACCUACUCAGUAUGUAUGAAGCUUUAGUCAGUCCUGGUCCGGACGUCGUGGUGUGCGAUGAGGGGCACAGGAUAAAAAACAGUCACGCUGGAAUCUCAAUGGCUUUAAAAAAUAUACGAACAAGACGCCGAGUGGUGCUUACUGGCUACCCACUACAGAACAACCUGAUGGAGUACUGGUGUAUGGUGGACUAUGUGCGGCCAAACUACCUGGGUACCAAGACAGAGUUCUCCAACAUGUUUGAGCGGCCGGUGAUGAACGGGCAGUGUAUGGAUAGUACAGAGGAAGACAUAAAGACCAUGAGGCACAGAGCUCAUGUGUUACAUAGUCUGCUUGAGGGCUUUGUCCAAAGGCGUGGACACACAGUAUUGCAAAUGGCUUUGCCACCGAAACAGGAGUUUGUGUUAUUCAUACGGAUGUCGCCCAUACAGAAGGCAUUGUAUAAAACUUUUCUGGAGUCUGUGGUUGAGAACUUCACCGCAGCCAGUGCCUGGUCCAAUCACAACCCUCUGCGAGCAUUUGCCACAUGCUGCAAGAUCUGGAAUCACCCAGAUGUCUUGCACAAGCUGUUGGUUCAGAGGAAAGUUGCAGGAGUUGACGACGACCUUGAUAUUGACCCUGGUAAUGAAGGUAGAGCCAAGAAAGGCUCGCAGAAAUCCAAGAAGCCUGUGGAGAAACAAGGAAGUGAUAAGAAAGAGGACGUAGUCUGCUAUGAUUGGGCUGAGUCUCUAAUGGAGAAUCAUAUACCAGGUCUACUGGAGAAUGGAGGCAAGAUGGUGCUGCUCUUCACCAUUUUGGACGAAGCUGUUGCUGCAGGGGAAAAAAUACUUGUAUUUAGUCAAAGUUUAUUCACUUUAAACCUCAUAGAAGAAUUCCUGUCCAAACACAAGGUUCCAAGACCAGAUGCGGAUUGUAACUGGGUCAAGAACAAGUCUUACUACAGACUUGAUGGCAGCACUGGUGCAACAGAAAGAGAGAGAAUGAUCAAUGCAUUCAACAAACCAGACAGUCAAGCCUGGUUGUUUCUUCUGUCUACAAGGGCUGGAUCCUUGGGAGUGAACUUGGUAGGGGCUAACCGUGUGGUAGUAAUGGAUGCCUCCUGGAAUCCGUGCCAUGACUGCCAGGCAGUCUGUCGUGUGUACAGGUUUGGCCAGACCAGACCCAGCUUCAUCUACCGAUUUGUCACUGACAAUACAAUGGAGAAGAAGAUCUACGACCGCCAGAUCAACAAACAGGGCAUGUCUGAUCGUGUUGUGGAUGAAUUGAACCCUCAAAAUCAUUUCUCUAGGCGCCAUGUUGACAAUCUCCUCCAUUACGAGGACAACGAUUUCCCGCCAGUAGAUACUAGUAACUGUGAAGAAAAAUAUAAUGAUCCUACUUUGAUCAAGAUUUUGCAGAAAAAUAGCCAUUGGAUUACAAAGAUGCCGUUCAGCCACGAGUCUUUGCUGAUAGACAAGAAGGAGUUACGUCUAUCCAAGAAAGAGAAGAGAAUAGCCAAGCAAAACUAUGUGAAUCAAAAACGUCAAAAUAUCAGCUACUCACGUCCAUCUUACACAGCUUUCUAUCCCAAAGGACCAGGGGGCGCACCACAGCAAGGGCCUGCUAUCACCAGGGUGUAUCCAAACCGGCCUAUAGCUAGUGUCAAGCCUAUCAUCACCACCCCGGUGCCAAUGAGGCCUAAAGGACUGGGCCAAGAUAGAGUCAACAAGGCUGGUGUAUCUGUUCAUAAAGUAGUCACAACCACAGAUAUCAUGUUACCUGGAUCUAACACGAGCUCAGAUGCAGGGGCUGGAGUGUCAGGAAACAAGAUCACAGCCGGCCAACAGAUAUUCAUUAUUAAGACGCCAAAGGGAGUCUACAUCCGAACCAGCUCUGGAAAAAUAUUCUCUGUAAGGACCAAAAUGCCAGAAUUAAGCAAUGCCACAAAAAUCAUUGUUAGUUCCUCGGGACCUACUGCAGUUUCUUCAGCCAUAACUACGACGAUCAUCUCACCAAGUUCUGCAGGCUUACGACCAUCCAACAGGGCAACCAUUGUCACCCCCAGUCACGUGUCCACCACAAGUGCAAAUGGAAAUGGUCAGCUGAGUGUUUUCAACCCCCCUCCACAGGCUUCUGCACAUGACACGCCCACCAACAUCCUUGCUUCCAUCUACUCUCAGUCACAGCAAGUCAACUCUCUACUUAAACAACAGAUGCUCGACACUGUGGCCUCCAAACCAACAACACAGACCAAAGAGUUGAUGUCUACGAUGUCUGACAAUGGUCCCAUGCCCACCAAGACAGACAAGACCUUCUUGUCUAAAACACAGGAUAGUAGCUUUUUACCAACAACACAGGAGGGAGACUUUCUUGCAACCCAGAAUCAUAAUGAGAGCUUUUUAACAAGUUCACAAGAGAAGAGCUUUUUGGCCAGUUCCAAAGAAAAGAGUUUCUUAGCAUCUUCACAUGAAGAUGACUUCCUGCAGACACCUCACGACAUGGACAUGGACUUUGUAUCUGCAUCUAGAGGCAAAAGCUUUUUACCAACAUCACAAGAUGACAGCUUUUUGCCUUCGCAGGAAAAAGGGUUUUUGCCAACCUCACAAGAACAGAGCUACAUGCCAGUCUCCCAGGACAAAGACUUUUUACCCACCUCCAACGAAAAGGUUUUUUUACCAAGUACACUUGAAAAAAGCUUUUUACAAUCUUCACGGGAAAAUAGCUAUUUACUCGCCUCAGAGGAAAACAGCUUUUUGCCUACCUCACAGAAAAAGGACUUUCUGCCAGUUUCACAUGAUAAGGGCUAUUUGCCACCAACAAAAAGUAAGUUUUUGCAACCAAUGAAGGACAAGAACUUCUUGCCAGAUCUAUCUGACCCAUUUGGAGACAACAGUGCUUCAUCUUCUCCAGGUAGUAUGUCUUCUGGAAAUAUGUCGUCUCCUGGAGUUUUAAGUCCUGCCCAAGUACAUCCGAUUCAACCACAGGUGCAACAUAAUCGGCCACAUGUACAACCAAUUUUGCCACAGGUUCAGCAAAUCCAACCACAAGUUCAACCAAUUCAACCCCAGGUUCAACCGAUUCAGCCACAAGUGCAACAACAGAAUCAGUCACAACAGCAGCAUCACCAGCAACAGCAAAAUCAACAUCAGGGUCCUUCACAACAGAAUCAACAAGAUCAUAGUCAGCACCUGGGAGACCUGGGUGGCGACAGCAACAAUAGAACAGUUUCACACAAACAGUCUAAGCUUGCAAAAAUUGCGCCAAAUCUGUCGGGCAUGCCACAGCAACAGACACGGACCCCUCAAAACCCCAUGUCAAACUUUUACUUACCCCCACAGAUGCCCUACUCGCCCUACAAUAUGGGCCAGGGGAAUAUGUCGCAGGGGAUGGGUAUGGGUAUGAAUCCCUAUAUGAACAACCAGAUGCUCAUGCCUCACGCUAAUCCCAUGUCAAAUGACAGUGGCAUGUCCUCUCAGUCUCAGCAACAAAAUCAGCAAUAUUUCAACAUGCCGUCUUCUUCAUCUGCAUCAAUGGGAUCGGGUCAAAGUUCGGACAUGUCUGGCAUUGAUAAAUCAAACUUUGGCUCCACAAUGCAACAGCAGCCAUCCUCCUCCUCCUCCAUGAUGUCAUCCAACAUGAUGCAGGGGUUUCCAUUCUCCCCGUACCCAUUCCCUAUGCCAUCACCGUACCUCAUGCAGAACGGCAUGCCUGCACCUUCUCCCUAUAUGCACAUGCAGGGCCAGUAUGACUACGGCCAGAUGGGGGGAAACUACAACAUGCCUAGUUAUAACCCCAGUGGGAACAUGAACGUGGCAGCUAACAAUCAAACGGGUAGCUGGGACCAUAGCUCAAAUAUUGACCAGAGUGGUAACACCCCUCAGUGUUGAGGGGGUCUCAAGUCUUUUCACACUACCUGGGCCCGGUAUGUUUAAAGCAUGAUCUCACUAAUCACUGUUCCUACUUAUUAAGACUAAUCAGAAUUUAGUGCUGGUCAUUUUCCGUUGUUAAUUCAAACUGGAGUGCUGGGUUAAUCUUACCAAAACACUUGUGACUACUAAUUCUUGUGACGUUAAGUUGAGUCAUCAUGUCUCUGAGGACAUCAGGAAAAUAUGGAAACUGGGGCAACUAUUUAUAGUUCUAAAAUAAUUAAGUCUUUAGUGAAGUAUAUAAAAUACUUUGAAAUGGGAAUAGAAGAACUUUAUUCACAAUUCUUCUUCUAUACAGUUGAUUAAUCAGUAUCCUGCUUUGAACACCAAGGCCCGGUGUAAUGACAGUGAAGUAGAUGUAAACCUCUCACACUGUAUCUACUCCGAGAAGUUAUGAGGAAGUCAAUAACUUCAAUAUGUGAAAUCAGAAUAUUUUUAAUGGAUCGACGUUUUCUCGUGAGUGGUGUCAUAUCAACAUGUGUGUGAAAUUUUAUUGGAAAAGUGCAAAUCAUAUGAACUGGUAUAUGGCUGUAUGCUGAAGAAUACUUCUAGAGAGUUGGCUCUUAGUCUCUAGAUCAGUCCCGCGAAGGCUGUCGCACUGUGACAACUCGGACAAACAUACCUCAGUGCUUGUUUGUUGUGUUUAUUUACAGAAUUAGAAUUGAAUUGGAAUUAAAAAAUAACUAUAUAUUGAAGUGAAAUGACAAUACUAUCAUUCCAAUACAAUUGGAAGUCGAAUCCAUGAUCAUGUUGUUUUGUAUCUUCAUUGAGUUACAUUUCUGAUGUAGAUUUAGAGGUUGAUGAAAGACUCCCAAUUAACAUCAUUCAUCAUGUGCUUCACACAUUCACCCCUCUCAUGUCAGUGGAUAAUGAAAUGUUGUGAAUAUUCACAAAGAUAUAUUGAAUAUUGAUGAAAAUCAUCAGUAAUUUGACAAUGUAUAUUUAUUAGGCUACUUAGACCAUUUUUUUACUUAUUACGACAAUUUUACUCUUUGUUGUGUUAAAAGGAAUACUAUAAUCUGAGAUAGAAAAACUUGUGAAGUAUUUGAUUUUGUAAGUUAUAAAAGAUAUUCUGAUUCAUUAAGGCACAACUGCAUUGUAUUAAAAACAUUAAUCAUAUCUUGUGAUUACGUUUUUAUUUCAUGUUCUAUAUCAUAAAUAUUCAUAAUCUACUUCCAAUGAAAAAUGUUACGAAGUAAUAAGUUGAAAUACUAUACACAACAGGGUUCCUUGCACAUGCUUGUAUGAUGUUGUUAGUCUCACUUGAAUAUUUAUCUAUGAAAACGUUGUGUACACUUAGUAUUUGUACAAUUUAUAUUUUAAUCACCAUUUCUUUGUGCGUAAAGUGUAAAUUAUUAUUCAUCGUCACUAUUGUGAUCAUUUAGGUAGAGAAUAUUUUGUCAUUUUAAGGCAAUGAAUCUGACAUUUUUAAAUGAUAAAUGUUUGUAAAUGUGUGCUGAAUCUUCUGUCUUUGUUUCUUUCUGUUCCUCCGUCCGUCCCGUCGUUUUACAUUAGGUAUAAAAUUGGGAAACUUUCUGUUAAUUUUCACUUGCAUCAAAAGUUAUAUUCGGGUCAUUUUGAUAGUGAUUUUAAAUAAAAUAGCAGGUUUUGAUAUGUCAACCAUUGAAAUCUGUUUAAAAAUGUUUUUAUGUAUAGAUGAAAUUUAAACAGAGUAGAAACAGAUUUGUUGAGCGGAAAGCAAAAUAUCUGACAUCAAAACUUGGAAAAUAAUAGCAGACUUUGAAAAAAUGAUGUCUGGGCUAUAGUUGCUUGGUGCACACAAGAUGAGUUGUAUGUUUUCUUAUCUUACACUAGCUUGCACAUGAUGUUUAUAAAAUGUGUUUUGUGUUUUAGCUGUCAAUAAUAUAAGAUCAUAAACAUAUGGCUGUCACUCAAAGCAGACCUUUUUUUCGAUCUGGUGACCAUUUUAAGUUUUCCCCAUGAAAGACAAGAAAAUAAUAUAUUAAUAGAAAACAUAGGAUUCUAAUCUGUUUUAUUUGAACACAGACCUAGAAAUCAAUCAAAAUGAAACUAAAUCUAUUAAUAGCACACUGAUCAUUCACCUUUAAAUCAGCUUUAUGAUACAGUUGUAAUGAACUAUUUUUAUCUAAAAAUACAAGGUUGUGAUAUUAUAUAAUGAUAGUUACCAUAAAGAAAGAUCAACAGUAGUUAUUUAAUAUCUAUGGACUGAUUUUACAUUCAGUACAUUGUACUAGACUUUAUUUUAAUUUGUGCAGAAAGUUACUUUCACCAGUGAGGAAGGUAUCUGGUAAUCGGCUUCAUUUAGAAACUACAUGUUACAUGCAUGCAUGUGUUAUAUUCAGCAUUUCCCCCCCAAAAAACAGCAAUUAUAAGAUAAUAUGCCAAAUUACUUCCCAAAAUGUGUAUAAAAAGAGCGACAGGUUUAAUGACUUGACUGAUGAUAGUAACUUUUUGCUACAUUAUGUGUACUUGAUGGGCAGAACUUACAUCAAGCCAAUAUUGAAUUUAACUUCAAAUAAUAUAAACUGAACACUACCUUUUUGAGAUAACAUAUAUUGUGAGGUGUUAAACAAGGGAGAAGAAAUAGUGUCAUUAGGUAGGGAUUGAAUACAAUUUGAUGAAAAGAAAUACAAACAUAUACAAACAUCAAUAAAUUUUCCAUUUUCUCCUUCUGAGUAAAGUGGUCUACUUAUCUAAGAGUAGAGAUACAAGAUGAAGACACUAAAGCCAGCUUUCAAUCAAGUACCAGGUACAUUUGAAUCUUAAGAAUAAUAUGAUGGUCAUAUUUUACACAAUGCUGUAAUUUUCUAUCACAUCAUAAGUUGUUGGUCCUGUUACCAUGCCUAGUACGCAAUACGAUCACUGAUGAUUAGUGUACUGUCAUUAAUGUACAUUAUUUGUAUCUUCCACUAUGACUGAUUUGUAUUGAAGAGUUAACUUCUUUAACUGUUUAGUAAUUUAGAUUAGCACAAGUGCUAGCUUUGCAGAUAACUAUUAAUUUCCCAUUCAAAAAUAUCACACACGUUUGGAACUCUCUUGGAACAGUUAAUGUCUAAUGUCAUAAUAAGGUAGCAUAUCUCCUUAAGCUCACUUAGAUGAUACAUAAGGUCAAUGUUUGUCAUAUUAACCUGGGUAAGCCCAGUGCCAGUGCUACCCUGAUUUGAGCACCUAGCUGGGCUUGGUUAUAAAAACUUACUUUCAUAGGAUUGUUCCCAAAGACUAGACCCCUGGCUUUGUUUUUCCAUCAUUCAUUCUUUAUUACUUUAAAAUACAUGCAAACAACAAUUACAACACACAAACCAUGCAUACAUGAUCAAAUUAAAGCAAUAGGGUGAUUUGUUUCAGCUUAAACUGUUUUGAAGUGUAAUAGACUACUAGGCAUGCUUCUAAUAGCACAGAAGUUUGGUCUUGUCUCAUAACUCUUGGGGCCCUAGACUUGCUUCUUAUUUUUGGAUCCUUGGAAUUGUUUCUCAAUACUUGGGUCUCUAGGGGGGAGGGCUUGGUUCUUAGCACUGGGUGGACUUAUUUCUGAACACUGCGGUCCCUUGACCUGUUUCUAAGGACUAAUAAACCAGGGGUUGUCAAAUGUAAAAUGCAGUAUUAUCAAAUACAGUUGUGCUUUAACUUCACAAAACCUGUUGUAAACCAUAUAACAUAUGGUACAGCAAAACUACAUUGGUUUUAUGUGUCCCUAACUUAAUAUUGUUACCCUCGAAACAAAUUCAAGAAGGCUCAGUAUUUUUUGGUGUAUUGCAUUUGGUUAUUAUUGUCAUCCUAGAUAUCAUUGUAAGGAAGAUGAGAUAUUUGCAGUAGUUGUUUUAUUGAUAAAAUGAAAUCACUCAUUGUGAAAUGAUUAUAUAUGAACAUUUGUAUCAUCAUUUGUAACGAAAAAGAAAAAUUUAGGUCAAACACACUCUAUUUGAAAAGCAAUAUUAUAAUAGGCAUAAUUGUUUUUUAUAUUGAUUUUUUUUUUGAUGUGUAUGUAUUGAAUAGUGUAUAUAAAGCAUCACCGAGGUUUGUGGUCAUCACACAACCUAUGGAUGGUACAUUGGAAGUCCCUGCACUAUUCCCCGUUUUGAUAUUUGUUGAUGACCCUGUAAGCAUUAUAAGUCUGGUGUUCAAAAGAACUGUUUACUGUUAUGUGUAAAAUCAAAUAUGUAAAGAAAAUGAUGAAAAUAUGCAACAAAUUGAUGUGGCAAACUCAAACAUAAAACUGCUGUUUAGUUAACUCAAUUUCUGUGUCCUGGUUCAGGUCAUCCUAGAUACUCCAGGAUUCAUCCUAGAUACUCCAGGAUUCAUCCUCGAUACUCCAGGAUUCAUCCUAGAUACUCCAGGAUUCAUCCUUGAUACUCCAGGGGUUAGGCUCACAUUCUCUCACUGCACCCCUGGAAUAUGUCAAAGCAAAAUCGAAGCCUCAGUGUGACAACCAUGUUGAUGAGACUAUAAGACUAGUUUGUUCCUUUAAUGUACAUCAAAAGAAUCUGUCGGUCACGUAACAGUAAAAAUGACUGGCUUUGAAUACAGGUGUCAAGCCUCGGUAAUCUUCAAAGGAUAAAUGCAGGUAUCAGCUUAGCGAUUGGUCAGGUUGUUUUUUUACCGGAGACCAAUCAAAUAGCUAGCAGCGUGCCAUCAAUUUUGCUUUAACAUAUAUUCAGGGAGUGCAGAGAGUGAAAAUGAGCAUAACACCGCUAGUAUUGAAGAAGGAUUUAGGUUGAUAAUACAAGCUAUCUUAUUAAGAAUAGAAUAUUUAAACCUUGAUUUCUCUCUUCACUUCAUUGUUGCUAUGUAUGGUAUGUUGAUACUGUUGUAAUAAAUGUAUACAGAGUUUAAACGUCAAAGUAAAUAACACAUACCUUAUUGAGCUACUGAGUUGAUACAAUUUGUUAUAUAAUUGCAGGAGUAAGGUUCAUGAUAAAACAUUCAAACUUUUUUAGUUUUCUUAUAAAAGGUUUCCGGGGUAGUAAUGUCUACCAUCUUCAUUAUAACUAAGGCAGUCACUGACGGAUACAAUAUGGUUGAGUGUAUUUUUAUAAAUUAGAUUCAUGUGAUCACAUAUCCCCUCCACCUUACUUACUUGUAUCUGGAUGCUAUGGUUUUUCAUUCAAGAUAAGAGCAAGUUAAGUGAAAUUCAAAGAUGUUCUGAAGUAUUUGAUUUUCAAAAUCGGAAAUUUGGAAUAAUAUAUAUAUAUAUAUGUUAUAUAUGUUGAUAUGUAAGACAAUGUUUACACCCUAUAGAUUAGGGGGCUUGUCAUAACUCUCUAUGUCUCCUGUACAUUUGUCAGUCAAGCUUUACUGUGCGAGGGCCAAUACCUCAUGCCCAGCUGUGGGCCUGAGUGAAGCGCUUUUACACUUCUUGAACUUGAAACGUUUUCCAUUAUAAAAUCAUCAUGCUAGUGUGUAUGUUGUCCUCUUCAUUUCAUCAAAAUAAAUUUAUAGAUUAACUCU